UGUAAACAAUACACUUAAAGACAAAUGUACAUGUUGACCGACUUUGCAGUUUAUUUCGUUUAUAUGAUCUGCAAAAAGCGUUCUGAAAUAAAAAUGUCUUGCACUGGAAUUUUGUUGUUCCUCACAGCCUUGUGUUUUGUUGAAGGCUCUUCGGGCAUCCAGAUGAAUGCACACAGGAUGUCACCAACAACCUUGCACCUGUCGUGUUCCUUGUCUGGGACGGAUUCCGAUUCAGUGAGUUUUCAUCGGAAAACCGUAAAAGGAUCGGUGUUUCAUAAGGUUAUUAGCAUUUUAAGUACUUCAGGUCGAUGUGUUCCGUAUUUCAACAAUCUUCCCGGAUAUGUGAAAUGUUUUGUUUAGAGCAUGGUCAUGUAGGCUGCAACAUAUCGGAUAUCAGCACUGAGUAUGAUGGCGAUACAUGGAAAUGCUCGAUACCGGUAGAUGACUUAAGAAGGGAAAGUAACAGUGUUGAUGUAUCUAGUUAUGUUUCUUCAAUAGGUACCCCAGCUACACCCAAACAGGUGAUUACAACUUUGUCCGCUAGUCGGCUAACGUCUAAAUCACCGACAACUGAACAAUUUAAUUACACGGAAAUGGAUUCCAUGACAACACAAGAUGUUGGCACAAUUAGCGCAGACAUGUUUCCGAUAGCUGCUGACAUUGUGGGUCCAGCCGUCACAGCGCUCAUCGUCCUUGAUAUCGGGCUUAUUUUGUGCGUGUUCAGAGUCAAGAAAUCGACAUGUCUUAGAGGUCAAAGAGAUGUACGGAUAGAGCUACCGAUUCAAGAAAUGAGAAGAAAUACAAUUAAUUUAGACGUGGCAGAGGGUUUCUACACAAACAUUGUCCGUACGACGCACCUGGGUCACAAUCCGGAGAAUCCUGAAGAUUUGCACUUUGCGAGUAGGGAAACACCUGUUGUGUACAGCGAUGUUGCCCAUAAGAAAACCAAGCAAGACAGAAACGACGGAGGUGGACCUGUUUGACAGACACAAGGCACACCUGAAAGGAACGCCAAAUAAGAUGUGCAGCCGCCGGAUGUGAGGCGUUCGGGGCGCCGGACAUGCAAUAUCUUGUGUUUCAAUGCAGACCAUCCGUUCAUAUUCUCUUCUGAAAUAAAACUGCAUAUCAUCAUAGUUAAUUUGUCCAUACAUAUACACGUUAUGUACACUUUUUUUUAUAGUAUUGUUAACAUUAUGCAACAUGUAUGUAUUCGUUACGCAGCGUUUUACACUGGAUGUUCAUUGACAAGUGCUUAAAUACUGACCCCGAUUUUGCAGUAUCUGUUUAAUAACUGAAGUUUGAUGUUUGUUAAUUCUUGGAGCAAGAACAGUAUAUUUUGAAGUAGUAUUGUGUUGGCUAUGGGCAGCAAUUGUACAAAAAAAAACAAGAAACACCUCGAACUGAUUGCUCGUGGUAUAUUAUGUUCAUUAAUUGGCCUUUACUAAAC